GAAAAUCGAAGUCGACGUGGUUAGCCACAACCGACGGCAAGGAAACGGCGACGUAAUGGUUGCAAUUCAUACUGGACUUCUUCCCUCACAAAAUUCCCCUUUCUUUCCCCGCAGCCGCAGGGCGUAGUAACAAUGCCGGAAUUCGGAGCUUGAACCCUGACGCCGCCGUAUUCUUCCACUGAAUCACCGUACCUGAAGAAGAAUCCGCCAUUAAUCCACAGAGAUAUGGAUUCUUACCAUCAGACUCACCAUUUCCCGGGGGCUCCGCCACCUCCGCCGCCCCCCUCCGCUGCCGAUCCCUACUACCACCACCACCACCACCAGCAAUCGUCGUUGAGACCACCAGUUCCUCCGCAGGGUCCAUGGUUCCACAACCAAUUUCAAUACCACCCUUCGCAUUCUGCGUCACCUUCUCCUCAUCCGCCUCCGUCGCAGUGGGGACCGCCGCCGGCGCCUCAUUCCGAACAUGCUCCUCCUCCUCCUCCUCCUCCUCCUCCUCCUCCUCCUCCCGGUGCUUAUCCUCCACCUCCUCAUCCUUAUCCUUCGCAGCCUAUGCACCACAACCAGUUUCCUCCUCCUCGUCCUCCUAUGUUUCAGCAACUCCCUCCUCAUUCGCAGGAAUGGAACAACCCGAAUUGGGCUCCGCAUCAAGCUUGGGAAUAUCGAGCCCAAGGCAAUGAAGAAGAUUGGGCGGCCAGAGCUAGGGCGUGGGCGGAUGCGAAGACUGCAAUGGACAGUCAGCAAUCUCAGUUUGCACCUACAGGGAGACAUGAAGAACAUAACUAUUAUCAGGAUCAGUACUCGCAACCAAUUAAUUCAAAUCAUCCAGAUAUGUCUCAUCAACCUCCUCCUACAACCUAUGAACAGUAUCCAGCUUCAGCAACAACUGUUUCCCGGCCAUCAGCAGCUCAUCACUUGGAGUCCACACCUGUUACUAUGAGCAGUGAACAAUCUUCUUAUUUUUCAGAUGGGCGUCUAACUUACUCUGUCACUGAUGGUAGUUAUGGAGGCAACAUGAGCUCUGUUUUACAUCACCAAGGGAAAUUAUCUUCAAGUCCAUCGGUUCAUCAGCAGGAGGUACCUUCUAGUAACUAUUCUGUUACAGGUAAAGAAGAUACUGUAGAUCAAAAUAUACAGUCUUUCAAAUCACUACCUAUGCAAAAUUCAUCAGUUCAUGGUGGACAGCAGCAUUUCCAAUCACCUAUUCCUCCGCCCUAUGCAUAUAGCAAUGAGCCAGGGCCAAUUGGUCCCAUGACCAAUCUUGCAGAUCAGCCUUUAGAUUUUGCUCCUAGGUUCAGUCACGAUCAUGGUCUAAGAAUGCAUUCUGGCUUUCCUCGCAAUGAUUCAGCCAGAUCCACUAGAGGCAAUGAUUCAGGCGUCCCAAUGCCGUCCUUAAAUUCAUGGUCUUCUAUUUCUCCUGGCAUGAUUUAUCCACCAAUUCCUCCUGUCUUGGCUUCUGGAGCACAGCUUGAUCCUCCUGUAGCUGUACCUUCUUCUGUUCCUGGACACACACCGUCCCCAUUUGGAAGGUUUGCUGGUUCUGGCAUCACCCCUGCAAUUCCUGCUGCCGCUGCUCCAUUUCCUGGUUCUGCACUUCCUGCCACAGUCUUAUCUGGUGAUGCAUAUGGCAUGUCAACUAUGUCUGAACGUCCAAAAAAGGCUUCUGUGCCAAAUUGGCUCAGAGAGGAAAUCAAGAAAGCAGUGAUCACAAGUUCUUCUGCUGACCAUCCUAAGGAGGAUGCUGAGCUCAUGGAAGAUCAAGGAGUUGACAAGUCUUAUGCAAAGGGUGAUCAAGCUGAUAGUAAAAGUAUUGAUUCUUCUAGGUCGACUGAAGAAGAAGAUGAUGAGGAUGUUGUAGAAGGAGCAAGAACUGCAGCAACAAAUCAAGAAAUCAAGCGCGUGCUGACCGAAGUACUCUUAAAGGUUACUGAUGAACUGUUUGAUGAAAUUGCUACAAAAGUUCUUGAUGAAGAUGAUCUCGCUGUUGAAGCCAAACUCAAUGUAGUCACUUCAAAUCAGAAUGUCUCUUCAUCUCCCUUUCCAGUCUCAACUCCCAAAGCUUCUGCCAAGGUUUUGUUGCCAGUCAAAGUUCAGGAACCUGAUAAUGACGAUACUAGUGAAAAGUCGAGUUCCAGCUCACCUGGAGAUGUACUUGGUCUUGGAAAUUAUGCUUCUGAUGAUGAAAAAAAUGAUGAUAGAGAUGGUGAAAUUCAGAGUUCAAAUAUGCAAGGUUCCAAGACAAUGUUCAAUGUUGAGCUAUCCAGUACAAAAAGAAAUUUGAGAGAUAUUCAAGAUGCAGUUGGAAAUGCUAGCACUCCAGGAAAUGUUAUAGAGCACAGUGGAAAUCAUGUAAUAAGUGACAUCAAUGACGGUUCAACCAGUUCUGUUAAUGAAAUGAGUAAAAACACAGGCUUCAGUAAGCUGAAUGAUGAUUGGAUGGAUCGAGAAAUGGGUCAAGAACAUUCAUUGAAGCCAAGCUCUAAAGGUAAAGAUAAUGAGACAAAGUUUGGGGAUGGAAUUGCCUCUGGGACAAGGGAUGUUUUAGGCAUGGUAUCUGAACAGCAAGGAAAGAAUGUGAAUGGUAAAAAUGCAUCUAAAGAUCCGCAUGAUGGGGAAACUAAAACAAAACCGCUCGAUAGUGGUAAGCAGGAAAGUAUGAGGGGUUCUUCAUUGAAAGAUCGUGUCAAGGAAGAAGGGGAGGUAAAAACUAGAACAAAUGAGAAAGCAGAUGAGAAUCGUCUGAAGCAAGAUGCCAGGCGCCCGAGGAAGGAAGACGCAGAUGAUCAGACUAUCCAAAAGGGAAAAUUGAAGGACCAAGAUGUUAAGUCUGGCGAGAAAGGUAAGGAUUCCGACUCGAGACACAGGUCUACACAUCACAAUUCAAAGGACGAAAGGAGAGAAGACAAGCAUCUGAGGGCCAGCACUAAAGAUGGAACCGACAGAAACAGGGUGUACACAAAAGACGACGAAGGCAGAACGAGACAGAAAAUCUCAAGUGAAUUGACUAGGCACAAGAGCAGUAGAGACAGAAAUAAAGACAAGGCCGUCGAUCAUUCAACCAAUUCGAGUGAUGACUCGGACGAUUCUAAAAGGAAGGUGAAAUCCAGAAAGCGUGACAAAUCCCCAUCUCCAAUCAGAUCUAGGAGAAGACAAGUAUCGCGGUCACCACAUAGCAAGCACUCUCAGCGCAGGCAUUCUCCCUUCUCUUCUCUUGAAACCACCAGGUAUGCCGCAAUGUCUCAUAGAUUUAGUUUGUGUUAUGUGUUCUCAGGACAUGUGCACACUCAUCCUCAUAACAGUAAGCUGCUCCAAUGGAUGCUUCAGAUUCUUUGUUACACAUUGCGCAGUAUGAAGGCGAUUGAGGCGGGACUUUGGUCGAUUUGGCUCUCCGGAUUGGUAUUGAUUGCUCUCUCGUUAUACGCUACUCAAAGUUUGCCUUCCUUCAAGGAUCGUUUUGUGAAGCCCAAGCUUCGCUACAGAGCCUUCGGCGAUCGACGUAAUCCUUCGGUUUCCAUAUUCUCUGCGCCUCGCUCUUUCACUGGUAAUAUUGGAGUUCGACAGAGCUUGGCUAUUCGGUCAUGGCUUGCUCUGUCCCCACAAAUUACAGUCGUUCUGUUCAGCCAAGACCUUUCCGUUGCCGCAUAUGCACGUUCUCUCAGUUCGCGGGUUUAUGUUGAUAGCGACAUUGAUUUCACAUUCCUUGGAACCCCAUAUUUCCAUUCAAUGAUGGCAAGAUCUCAGUCAUUUGCAUCAGACAUUUGUGCCUUUCUUCAUCCUGAAACUAUUCUUCUUCCUGAUUUUAUUUCCACUCUGAAUUAUGCUUACAAACUCGACCGUGAUUGGCUGCUGGUUGCUUCGUCCCGAAACAUCUCGUACAUACCAUUCUACUUUGAUGAGUCCAAGAGACAUUUCCCAACGGAGGAUAAAAAAUUGUCGAGAUUACAGAAGGAGCUGCUCAAUGAGCAUUGGCGAUGGAGUCACUGUGGAGGAGUGAAGGAACUAUUGGCAUGGAACAACCAGGACAUUCCGUUGCACAGUGGAGUUCUUCCUCCUUUCCUGUAUGGAAGAGGGAUCCAUAACAAUUGGGUCAUCAAUGAAGCUGUGGCAUCUGAAUUCAGGUUUGUGUUUGAUGCUAGUUGGACCAUCAGCAGUUUCUAUCUCCAAGAUCCAGAGCAACCAUCUGAUAAUGAAACAAGAAGCUGGGAAUAUUCUGGCAAUUAUCUUCUUGGUUCACUAUAUGGAUCUUCAUUUCAUCCGGAUGCUAAAUAUUCUAGUCUGGUUAAACUUCUCAAGUGUAAUGGGCAAUAUAUCCUGACCAACACAACAGAAAAUGCAACAUAUCUGCCAAAGAACCAGAGAAUGCCUGGUUUAUGGAACACGCAGGUGUUGCAUUUUGGGAAGAAGAAGAAGAAGCCUACGGCUUGUAACCAUGGCUUUCGAUCAUUGGAUAGACUACAUGACUGCUCAUUGGAAAAAGGGGUAUCAUCUUCAGAAUCUUUAGAGCUUCCAUUUUCCUUAGAGUUUCUCCUUCCCCUAAUUGCAGACAAGACUAAGACAAUUGUACUGACAGUUGCUGGAUAUAGUUACAAGGACAUGUUAAUGAGCUGGGUUUGCAGAUUGCGCCAUCUACAGAUCCCUAAUUACUUAGUUUGUGCCAUUGAUUCUGACACCUAUCAUUUCUCAGUCGUGCAGGGUUUGCCUGUUUAUAGAGAUCCAUUGGCUCCGACCAAUAUCAGUUUCAAUGACUGUCACUUUGGAACAGAGUGCUUUCAGAGGGUGACAAAAGUGAAGUCCAGAAUGGUUUUAAGAAUAUUGAAGCUGGGUUACAACGUACUUCUUAGUGACGUUGAUAUAUAUUGGUUUAAAAACCCUCUGCCUUUUCUUUACAGUUUUGGUUCUGGUGUUCUUGCUGCACAAUCUGAUGAAUACAAGAAGACAGGACCAAUUAACUUACCUAGACGCUUGAACUCUGGGUUUUAUUUUGCUCGUUCUGAUGAAUCAACAAUAGCUGCCAUGGAGAAGGUGGUGAAGCAUGCAGCAACUUCGGGCCAAUCGGAGCAGCCAAGCUUCUAUGAUACCCUUUGUGGGGAGGGAGGUACUAAUCGAAAGGGUGGUACUAAAUGCUUGGAACCUGAAACAAAUUUAACUGUUCAUUUUUUGGAUAGAAACCUCUUCCCUAACGGUGCAUACCUAGAACUUUGGAAAAAGAAAAAUGUCAAAACAGCCUGCAGGAAGAAGGGCUGUUUUGUUCUCCACAAUAACUGGAUUAGUGGAAGACUAAAGAAACUAGAACGUCAAAUGUUUUCAGGCCUUUGGGAGUAUGACACGAGCACAAGGAUGUGCAAGCAUAACUUGCAAGGUAAAAUUUGGUGAGUUCCUUCAGUAGAGCGGAGGACUUGAAGAAACUACUUUCAAAUUGGAUGGCUUUUUGCCUUCCCACAGGCAUGAAUUUGGAAGAGAGAUGCUAUUGGAAGGUAAACAUUGAGCUUGUGGCUAGACCAUUGGUGCUAGAACGUGUUCUUCAGAUGAAUUUUAAGGGUUCGAUCAAAUGCUCUUUCUGUUCGUUUAUUGAUGAAAGCUCAGCAUUCCAUGUGACCAUGAGUAUUAGUGAAACCAGUCAAGAAUAUCAAUGUUCUUGUCGCUCUGUCAGCUACAGUCUGUCAUUCCUUCUGCUAACACUGACAAACUGAAGUUAAGCAACACAGAGAACAUUUUAAGGCAAAGAUUCUCUGAAGGAAACCAUAUGUUGGAUGAGAAGAUCACUGUUUAUGAGUUUGUGAAAUGAUAGUUGUAACAUCCCAAGCCACCGCUAGCAGAUAUUGUCUUCUUUGGGCUUUCCCUUUUGAGCUUCCCCUCA